CUCGCGCUCCCUGCGCACGCUCUCAUCUCCUCCAGCAGGAAUAGAUCGUCCUGCUCCGCCGCUGCAGCCGGACUCUGUCAGGAGCGGCAUGUGUGCGAACUGAGAGCCGGAGAGGAACGCAACUUGCGCUGGCGGAAGGGAGAGGACGGCAGAAAUAAGCACUUGAAGGCAGCUCUCUACAAGGUCUGUCCCUGAUAACGUGACCAGUGAGGAAAGAAAACACAGAACUGCUUCAUCAUGAAUUUUGUAAUGAAAGCUGCGCUGGGAGGAGGUCCUCCAGAUGUGGGCAAAAUGCUGGGAGGGGAGGAAAAGGAGGAGGACCCUGAUGCCGCGAAAAAAGAGGAGGAGCGACAGGAGGCGCUGAGGCAGCAGGAGGAGGAGAGGAAGGCCAAGUACGCCAAGAUGGAGGCGGAGAGGGAGAUGAUGAGACAAGGCAUCAGGGACAAGUAUGGCAUAAAAAAGCGCGAGGAGGCCGAGGCUGAGGCGGCUGCCGCCGCCGAGGAGCCCGCCGCCGGCAGCCUGACCCGACCCAAGAAGGCCGUGCCUGCCGGCUGUGGCGACGAGGAGGAGGAGGAGAGCAUCAUGGACCAAGUGAUGAAGUACCUGCCAGGCCCGCUGCAGGACAUGCUAAAGAAGUAGAGGAGCUAGCUCACGCUAGCGCUGACUAGCUUGGUUUAUAGGCUGCAUUCACGUGAUUGGCUAAAAUCUGUUAUUUCCCCUCAAUUCAUGUGUAAAUUCUUUAAAUGAAGCUAAAAUGGGGCAUGUGGAAGCAUCAAGGUGGGGAAAGUGAUCCAGCCAGCAGUGUGAGUUGCAGCCGUUAGACUAAGCUGAGCCGAGCAAGUGGCCGUGUGAAGGUUAGCUUGAUCGCCGCUAAUGAUGAAGCUAACAGGUGCAGAGGGCCACAAUGUUAGAUGGUUCAUCCUUCUUGUCUGAGAAGUUUUAAACUCCUUUUUCUCUCCUCUGCAGAGCUGCAAAGCCGUCUCGCAGCACUAAAAAGAAUAACCUUGUACACCACGCUGUUACUCGAUUUGUACAUAAAUGAAUACAUAACAAGCCUCACGAUGGGCAAACAAUCAUAAAGUAUUAUAUAAAAUUACUAUGCUGUGUACGUCUAAAAUAGAAAAAUAUCUGAUAACUUGAUAAGCCAUACUUUAAAAAGGAAAUCGAAACACUUGUGUGCUUCUAAGCUAACGUUUUGUGUUUGACCUUGUCCACGAUUUAUGUACAACCUUUGCACAGUGUUACACAUUCUCUGUAAAACCUGUUGUGUAUCUGCCCACAGUCAGCGCACUGUACCUUGUCCAUGUAGAUUCUACGACCCUGUUUGCUGUGUCUCCUUUGUGUUGCAUGCCAUUUGUCUGGACUAAUUUGUUGUGUGAAUAUGUACAACCUCACGCCCUUUGACCCUCUCCUUUAUCAUGCAAAAAAUACUAAGGCAAUAACUCCUGAGUUUGAGUGUCUUUUCACAACCAUAUCAAUAUAAGCAUUAGUGGUGUUAGGAAUAAAAGUGAUAGGUAAGCCUCCAGGCGGUUUCAUUUACAGAUCUACAGGGUUGCUCCUUCCGUUGUUGUUCUAUCAAAGGGUGACCACGUAGACAUCCAAACAGCCAGAACCUUAAGCUUUCAGCCAUAAAACCAGAUCUUACAGCAUAUAUACGACUACAGGCAGGAUUUACUACUUAGACAGAGAAAAUUCAACUGUAUGAAUAAAUAAAAUUAUGUACUUGUGUGUUUUUUUAACUAUUACAGGUAGUGUGAAGAUUUAAGAUUGGAGAUUCGGGAGAAAACGAUCAGCCUCCAUUAACACAGAGUGAAGUAAAUGCUGCAGUUUGGCUGCUGAUUGAUUUACUCAGCAAAACAAAGGCGACGUGAAAAUUUUCCCGUUUGGGUUUUGGAGUUAAGAUUUAAGAAUGAGCCACUGAGGGUGAUGUGGAUAUGCCAUAAAGCAAUAAAGGAUUAUUAUGUAUGUUUUUGCCUGAGAUUCAAUAAAAACCUGUUCACAGACAUUAAUAA